AUGCUGAUCCACGGACCAACCGCAUGGACCGAAGCAUUCUUCGCAACGGGCACUCGGACCAAUUUGCUGCAAGACGGAUACAACCCAAAGCUACAUAUGUCGGCAACGUCACAUGGCUCGACAGUAGUGAUCACGCACUAUGAGUGCACAGUCACCACCGACGGGUCUGAUCAAGGCGUUAUGGGCCAACCGACCACAUCUUUGUCUUUGUAUCGUGAGGAUUCGCACAAUGCUAUGGAGGCAUCGUGCUACCGAGUGGUUGCUUGGUCUCAAGGAACGACUAAAAAGAGUCUACUUGCAAUUGCUUCGACGAAUCGACUGGAUAUUUGGGAAAUCCAUGUUUCAAGUGAAAUCCAUGCAAUGUUGAAGGGCUCGAUGGAAAUCGAUCAUUUGCAAGGAAUAUCGUGGAAUCCCUGCUACGAAGUUUUGCUUGCCUACUCCAAGGCUGGCGUAUCGAUAAUCAACGCUUCCAAACCAUUUUUAUUACGGCGUGAGGUUUACGCAAGUACCGAAACUCACCAAAGAUGGAGCGCGAGUUCGUGGAGUCCGUGCGGAUUGCACGUAUCAAUAGCGCAAGCCCGCGUCCUGCAUUGCCUUGGAUGGACGGACGUCAAUAGCUUGCUCUUCGAACAUCCAAAACACGACCGGAUUCAUGUGGACGCUACAGAGAGCGCUCACGAUCGUGUAAUGAAAGCUGCAAAAGGCUGUGUCGGUCAGGUUGCAGCUGUCGCACGUGUGUCUUCAACCAUGUGUGUGUGCACGACGGACACGAAGUUGAUUCUGGAAGAUACGACAAAGUCUGCACCAAGCCUGCUGCUGCGCCCCCCGAGCACACAUCACGUAGAAAUUGGAGAAACAUCAGCAGAUUCGGGCAGCGGUAUCAUCGAUCUGACGUCCAAACGCAUCUCGCUUGCAUCCACACGUAUUCCGCAAUCUCUGCAAAUCCUGAAUCGCAUCGAGGACACAGCAUCUUGCCAACCAUCAGCACAAACGAUGCCGCGCUCUCGCCUGCUGAUUCUCGUAUACGAAACAGGGAAAUGGUCUGCAGUGUCAGUCCUCGAUCUACCACGCUUGACUUCACCCGAUGUCCUCGUUGUUCAGGGGAUGCGAGCGAUCAUUGGAGGCACCAUGUUCUCGCACCUGCUUUUUGCACACUUCGACAAUUCCGAUCACUUGAGCUGGAAGUCUUCGCUGUCCAGCGAACUUGAGCUACCACCUGCUCAUGUGUGCAAAGGAAUCCGCCUCACCACAAAUCCUUUGUUCGUGGACGUCGCUACCACGAAGAAGCGCGAGCGCAGCACUUUUUUCCAAGCUGCUGCAACGUUGGAACCGCAACUGGUCAACUUGUCGAGGUUCAACGCGCCACAAUGUGCGCAACCCGAGUCUACCGUCCAACCGGUCAGCGCAUGGAAGAGCGCGAGUGCAAUUGCGAGUAACGACACUCCAAGUUGCUUCGGUAGCGACCGCCGCGAUACCAGUACGGACAGGGACCUAUUGGAGCGUACCUUGGCAACAGUGACGGCCAUGCAGACGCAGCUGAGUUCCCGUUUUGAUCACGUGGACAAACAACUGCAGCAAUUGACGGCCCGUAUCGAACAGCUGGAGAAGAACGGCAGAGCAGAUGUACAGUGA